AUGUUUCCUCCAAGGCAGCCGCGCAUCCCUCAAACGGUUAAUUGUCCAACUCUGAUUCACAAACGUGUGGAAUUCUCCACGGGUUAUAGCAAGGGUGAAGCGGUACAGGCCGGGGCACUGCAAUACAAACAAUCUACAAUCUUGCACGAAACAUUUGUGGAGCUUUUGGCUGGACAAUUAACAAAC